AUGUCCCAGGCGGUGGCGGCGAGCUGGAUGCAGGGGCCUUCGGCGACAGUGAAACGCGGAGCAGAUGGGGCCCACGGCUCGGCGCCACCAGCCAAGCAGGGCGCCAAGGGCAGCAAGAAGAAGGAGAAGGGCGACCUGCAGGCUGCGCUGUUGAAGGUGAUCACAAAGCUGCGCCUCAACGACGCGCGCGAGAUGGCCAACCUCGCGGGGGCAGUCUACCAGACGUGGGAGACUACCGAGACCGCGAACCACUUUACGCAGAUCAUGAUCGACGCGGGGCUCAAGUACGACGAGGUCUCAAAAAACCUCAAGGAGCGCCAGCAGGCCGGCGAAGACGUCGAUUCCAGGGCAAGAGGACCGCCACACGUGCAGGUCUGGGGGGCGCUCGCCAUGAGUUUGGCGAACCAGAUAGACACCUUCCUGGACGGCAGCGAGACCUACAAAGAGAGCGAGAAGAAGGUCUUCUACGAGUACUUCCAGAAGCACCUGGCCCAGAAGCUGCCGACGGAUGUUGCCAAGCACGAGAAGAAGGGCAGGCUCACGUUCGCCUUCUCAUACGACGAGCCAGGGAGGGAGGCGCGGUCGCUGUCGAUUCAGUUUCUGAACUCGGACAAGGGCAAGGCGACGCAGCUGCGCGAGGCGGCGAGGCUCCUGGCGAUAUUCGAGAAGGGCGGUGGCAAGGACAAGGAUCAGGAUCAGUAG